UAGUAACAUACUUCUUGAUGAAAAUAUGAACCCAAAAAUUUCAGAUUUUGGAAUGGCAAGAAUGUUUACACAACAAGAAUCUGCAUCAAAUACCAACAGGAUUGUUGGGACAUAUGGCUACAUGUCUCCAGAAUAUGCCAUGGAAGGAACUUUCGCUACAAAGUCGGAUGUCUAUAGCUUUGGAGUUCUGCUGCUGGAAAUUGUUAGUGGAAGAAAAAACACUAGCUUUUAUGAUGAUGACCGUCCAUUAAACCUAAUAGGACAUGUAUGGGAAUUAUGGAAAGAUGGCAAAUGUCUUCAAUUAGUGGAUCCAUCAUUAAAUGAGUUGUUUGAUCGCGAUGAAGUGCAAAGGUGCAUUCAUGUUGGUCUCUUGUGCGUUGAACACUAUGCAAAUGAUAGACCCACAAUGUCUGACAUUAUAUCAAUGUUGACAAACAAGAGUGCAACAGUGUCCUUACCUCAAAGACCAGCAUUCUAUGUUCAAAGAGAGAUCCUUGAUGAAAAUUUAUCUUCUACAGAUUUGUGUACUACUUCUACCGUAGAAAUUGCUACUUCUUUGGAAAUAAAUCAGGGUUAAUUAUUUACGUAUUAAUUGUUAUUACCGAACUAGACAAAUAUGAUGCGUU